CUCCACGGCUUUUGACAGCCAGGAACUGCUGAGCAGUUUCUGACCGACAAAGCGAAGGAAGAAAAAACAACUUCCACAUCCCGAAGUCUCGAAAACAGCUGCCUCGCGUUUUUUUUUCUCUUCUUCUUCUUCUCGAGACACAUCUGUGUCUUAAAUACUCUCGACACUUUUUGCCGACCCCUGAGUAAAAUAUAAACGUAAAAACCAGUCUCCGCAGGCCUCCACCCCCAGUCUUGUGGGUGGUGUUUUGAAUGCCAGUCAUCCAGAGAUAGGGAGAAAGAGAAAGGACACGGUGGAAGCGAAAGGGCCUAAGGACGAAUUCGUCGAGGGACGUAGAGCUGAGGUUGAAGUGUGUUCAUCAAAAAAUAAACUUGAACAAUAGCAGAAGGUUGUUGUUUUUUUUCCCUUUCCUCCGGGAGCGACUUUGGACGCAACCCGACUUCGUCGUAGGCUGACGUUUUUUGUUCCAUUCAGGCAGGAAUAGGACUGUCAGAAUGGGGGACAGUGGGAACUCCAUGCUCCAGGAAACCCAGGAACAGGCGGAGGAGGUGAAGGUCAUCAUGCUGGAGAACUACAACAAGGCUCAGGAGCGACACGGAAAGUUGGAGGAUCUGGAGGACAGGUCCAACAUGCUGCUUGAGAAGAGCAAAGGGUUCAGCAAGACCACUGGCAAAGUGGUGCAGAAGAAGCGCUGGGAGCACAUUAAGAUGAAGCUGUUGUUGGUGUUCAUCGUGGUCUUAGUGCUAGCUAUCAUCAUCGGGGUGGCUGCAGUCAUGGCCUCGAGCCCGGGCUCAAGCUUGAGCUCCAGCUCCACCUCCAUCAAAACAUCGGUGCCCCAGGUGACAGUCCCUACACCUGUAAUACCCGAAGAAGAGACAUAGGCAAAUUGUCUUCACGAAACAGAAUCUCGGGGAGGAGAGCGAGGGUGAAGAGAAAAAGUACAGUAAGCCUCCACCCAUACCCUCCUGGGGACAGCCUACAGGAUUUCACAGACUUUAGACUUUAGGAAGGGAGCAGAGUCCAGGAGAGGCCUGUGGGAGCCGUACCGCCCAUGGCAAGCAACUCUGCAGUAUCUAGCCUCACAACGGUACAGCUUCUUCGGCACCACUCGUUAAUCUCAGCUCGUGGCUCCGCCAUGUUUUUGAUAAGGCCAGACUUUGGAUUGCAGGUGAAGUGGCCCAGGCUGCCUUCUAGCUCCAGAAGUUCAGAAUUUGUUUCCAGAGGGCAGCAACGUCCAAUAUGAUGCCUUCCAAUAGGAGAUCUCAUUCUGUCCCCAACAUUUCUGAAAUUCUGAAAUAUACUAUGUCAAACAUUUUGAGAUACCGAUUUAACCUGCAUAUGUCUGCACACAUAGGCUUAGUAUAAUUCAGAAGAAGCCAAUCUUUCCCUUGUUUUGCUUAAGAAACCAAGAAUAUUUCUUUUGCCUUUUUCUAAAUGCCUCUUGCUGUAAAACAGCAUCUAGUUGAAGUUAGUGAUUACAUUUCUAACCCAGGAAUGAUAACACAAGCACCUUGUUGAUAUCAGAUUUGUUUUCAUAGGAACUUUGGAUGUUUUUUUUUAAUAGACAGAAAUGGUUUAUUCAUCAGUGGAAAAGUUUCUUGUUCUCAACAUAAAAAUAAGUUUCCUAUGACACAUGCAUCUAUUUAAAUGCACAUACAGGGACACAUUCUCUGUGGAACGGCGUGCGGGCAAAUAUAUGCUCCAUUCAAACUUAGUCCACAUUGCUAAUGUGUCAUCUUUUUAUUUCCAUGCAGUGAUAUUUGCAUCUUCUAUUAUAAUUUCUGACUGCAUUUAGAAUUGCAGAUUGUUUUAAGUCUCAGAGGUGCGACUGGCAUACUCCUGAGGUGUCUGCCUGUCAGAGCCAUUUCUGAUUUGAAUGCUUCGAGCUCCACAGUGACCGACAGGAGAGUUGUCUCCAACUUUUUAAAAACUGUACAGGGCUGGUAUGAACCAUACUAAAUGUGAAAAAUAUUCAUUCAUUUUUAUUUUUUUUUACAUAUUUACUCAUAAAAUGUUAAUAACUACUGAAAUAUUUUGCUCUCUGGGAGCACGUUUUGUCUGAGGAACUGCAUAAUUUCUUUUCCACGUAAGUUCUUUUACUGUUUAAAACAUUUAAACCAUCGCGGAAGAUACCAUUUAAACACUUGAGACAUACAGUAUGAGGGAAUCCAAACAAGUGGUGGUUAGUCAUGUCUUUCCCUUUAAGCAUUACUCUUAAUACUAAUUUUCAAAAUGUCUCCUUCCAAAUGCCUGAAAAUGACAGGUAUCACCUGAAACUGAUGUAUCACAAUUACAGUGUUACCUGCCAGAUCUGACACAAGUGAAAACAUAUGUGUUCCUAGAUUUUUAAUCGAUUUAUGUUUCUAACCAUGUUACACAUUCUCUAAGUAUCAUACAAUGUGAUAUGUGUGAAAAAUACAUCGUUACUACAUAGAUCUUAACAUAUAAAAUACAUAUGAUAGCCAAAGGGUUAUUUUAUACUGGCUUCUAAAAACAUUUUCAUGUGUUACUGUUCUAUUGAUCUAAAUUCCGGAAAUGUAAUAAAUAUUUAUCAGGUUUACUUUUCAUUGUGACGAUUGCCAGAUAUGAGGUGAUAUAAACAUCAUGUUGUAUGUUAUUGCUCAAUGAAAUACCAAACCCCUGACCAGGUAAUUCUAUAAAAUAAAUCCUUGUGUGGUUUUGAGUGUCUACAUAAGGUUAUACAGUACAUGUAGCAGUAUAGUCUAAUGCCUUUUAGUGAUAAUGCUCUAGCACAUGUGAUUUGGGAUUGUGGAACAGUAACACAAGAAGCUGCAAAUUUACUGCCUCCUUAAGGCUACUAUCGUGGAAAUGUGCCUCAUUACCCUUAAUGUACAGUACCUUUAAUGUAGCCAAAGAUCAUGAAGUUCAGCACAGACCUUAAAGUAAAUUUUACUGAAAUACAGUGAUGAAUUCUGUUUGGGUUUCUUGUUAAUAAAUGAACAAUAGAAGGUAGCAACAAAGUGCCAGUUUUUGGCUAUCUUACUAAAUUUAACCAUCUGAUCUUGAAAAGUUUUAAAAAAGUAAUGUACAACCAUGUUUUCAAUUUUGGGUCGUUUUGUUAUUCACUAGAAGAAGUUUGUUUUUCACUAGAGUCCAAUUAAACAACAAAAAAAUAUUUUGACAGUUGUUUUAAAUUAAUACUCUAGGCCAAUGUAAUUUUAAAGGAAAUUAUUUAAUGGAGGUUUGGAUGAUUUACAAUGUGUAUAUGUGAAAAUACAAACGUGUUCAAAAUCCAGUCACAAAAAUACUUGUGUAUAUUUUAGUUUUGUCAUAUUUAGAUGGAUGUGUACUGUAUAUACACAUUGCACUUUACAUGUAUAUAUAUACAGUAUGCAGAAGUCAAUACACAAAUAAAUUUCAUGUUAUAGAUUCA